AUGCUGUUUUGGAACACAUCAUCUCCACCAGAGAGCACGAGACUCCAGAGUGACGCUGAAAAGCACGUUAAAUUGAGUAGCCUGGAUUACCAGGUUCAUCCAGGAUUUGGGACAGUGAAAGCCAUUGGGGAAGGGAUCGACUACAUUAUAAAACCAGCUAAUCCACAGGAAUUCCCUGAUGCAGACCGUGCAUUUGUCAGCUUUUAUGGUAUUUCAUCUUCCUCCUUGGACACUGUGAAAGUAGAACUGAUUGGAGAAAACAAAGAUACGCUGGCUGUGUCUUCGUCUCCUGGGUCUUCAAGGCUGUAUUGUGAAAUUGAAGUUCCAAUAAAGUAUGAUAUCAUCGCCAAUCUUCAAAGUGACGCCUGCCUCCAGAUUGUGAGUAUGGAAGCCGACGAAAUUGACAUCACAACAGAGGAUGGAGAAGUGGUGACGCGCAGCCUCAAGAGUCAUAAUAUUCGCAUCAAAACACAGCAUGGCGAUGUCACAGCGGAGGGUACACUACAGGGAAAUAUUUUCAUCAUUGCUAAGUCAACACGUAGCCGAAAUGUAGACCAACAGAUGUACUAUCUGUCGGUUCACUGCUUCGUGCAGUUAACAUAUUUUAAGACUAGUACAACUAAGUACGUAAAAUACCUCACGUCCAACAAGUGUUAA